GUCUUCUUUCCCUUCCUUCUGUCCAGCCUCUGCCUUUCUCACUUGGCAUCGACACUCAUCAUCCCUUGUCCACCCGCGCUCCAUUCUCCUCUUCCACAAUGGCCGCCCAGAAGUGAAUUGACGACGAUGAAGUUAUAAGUGAGAUUGCGGAUAUUGCUCGGGUGAUGUUACGCAGGAGUGGUAUAUGUGGUGAGUGGUUGCUAGACAUGGUUGCGGCGUUACGGUGACGAUUGAGAGUGAUAGUAGAAUAAGGGGCAUCUAUUGUGAUUUUUGUGUAACUUUUUUCCUUCUUCUAUUUGUUCUGUUUGUAAAUUAAUGGUACAAAAAAAUUGUC